UGCACAGUAGUGUAGAUGGCUUGUUGUAGGGUAAUAAAAUGCUCCUCUAAACCAACGAGCCCCACUCCAGAGCAGAGCAGAGCAGAGCUCCGUCCGCUGCCGCUCCAAGGAGAGAUCCCAUUCUCGUCUUCCUCGCACUUGCAUUGCAGUCGCCCGCCUCAGUCGUCUCUCCUCUUCUCUACCACUCCACGGUUGCGGUUUGGAUAUACGUUUCUAUUAUCGUGGAUCAGCCCUUCUGGGGGUUAUGCAUGACAGCCCCUGUGGCUCUUCCAAAUGACCUAGAAGGGAUCUCCCAUUCUGCAAGGGUUGAGCUAUUCCGAGACGUCAGUUGCAACAUUGAAAAGGAGGUGUUGGCCAGUUUGUCAAAUGGCCAACAUUCACAUGCUUCCGGAACAAAUCCUGGUUUCAGAGUUGGAGAGAUCAGGCUUCCUAAUGGCGAUAUCUAUUCCGGGACAUUGUUGGGAAGCACACCGGAGGGUUCAGGCCGGUAUCUCUGGUCAGAUGGUUGCAUCUAUGAGGGUGAAUGGAAGAGAGGGAUGAGAAGUGGGCAGGGAAACACGCUAUGGCCAUCAGGAGCCACCUACGAGGGUGAGUAUUCUGGUGGCUACAUAUAUGGUGAAGGCACCUAUACUGGACCCGAUAACAUCAUUUACAAGGGACGGUGGAAGUUGAAUCGUAAGCAUGGGCUUGGAUGUCAGACAUAUCCUAAUGGAGACAUGUUUGAAGGUUCAUGGAUUCAGGGAGAAAUAGAAGGACAUGGGAAGUAUACAUGGGCAAAUGGGAACACCUAUGUUGGCAACAUGAAAAAUGGCAAGAUGUCUGGGAAAGGAACUCUUACAUGGAAAAAUGGGGACUCAUAUGAAGGCAACUGGCUAGAUGGCAUGAUGCAUGGUUAUGGAAUCUAUACAUGGAAUGAAUAUGGGUAUUAUGUUGGAACCUGGACCAGGGGCCUCAAGGAUGGGAAAGGCACAUUCUACCCAAAAGGCUGCAGAGUUCCUGUUAAUGAUGAGAUGCAUAUCAAUAAUCUAAGAAACCGAGGUGUGCUGCCUGAUAUUAGAAGGCAGAAUCAUGGUUCACGCAUACUUCACUCUUCGUCAGUUGACAUGGGGAACAUGAAGGUUGGCAUGACUCGGCAAUCUUCAGGUGCUUCAUCUAAAAGGAACUCAAGUGACCAACCACCUUUGAAGAAUGUGUCUUUGGAAAGGCGGUGGAGUCUUGAGGUAGCUAUUGAAAAAUUCAUUGGCCAUGAAUCAAGUGAAAGCUAUGGCCUAGAAAGCUGUGAAAGCUUGGAUGAUACUCGUUUGUCUAUCCUGGAGAGGGAAUACAUGCAAGGUGUUCUAAUCAGCGAGGUGGUACUUGACAGGAGUUUUUCAGACUCGUCAAAAAAGGCAAAACGCCGCCAGAAGAAAAUUGUGAGGGACACAAAAAGGCCUGGAGAGACAAUAAUUAAGGGGCACAGAAGCUAUGAUCUAAUGCUGAGUCUGCAGCUUGGAAUCAGGUACACAGUUGGAAAGAUUACACCCAUUCAAAAACGUGAAGUUCAUGCUUCAGAUUUUGGGCCAAGAGCAAGUUUCUGGAUGAACUUUCCUAAAGAAGGAUCUCGACUCACUCCUUCGCAUUGUGCGGAAGAUUUUAAAUGGAAGGACUACUGUCCCAUGGUUUUCAGGAAUUUGAGAGAGAUGUUCAAGAUUGAUGCUGCGGAUUAUAUGAUCUCCAUUUGUGGAAAUUCUGCUCUUAGGGAGCUAUCUUCUCCUGGAAAGAGUGGAAGUGUCUUUUUCCUAUCUCAGGAUGAUCGAUUCAUGAUUAAGACUCUCCGGAAAUCUGAAGUGCAGGUACUUUUACGGAUGCUUCCAAACUAUUAUCAUCAUGUCCAUACCUAUGAGAACACCCUCAUAACUAAAUUUUUUGGCCUCCACAGGGUGAAACCUUCUAGUGGUCAAAAGUUCCAAUUUGUUGUAAUGGGAAACAUGUUUUGCACCGAAUUGAGAAUUCACCGGAGAUUUGAUUUGAAAGGUUCAUCCUUAGGCCGUUCUACUGACAAAAUCGAAAUUGACGAGAACACAACUCUGAAGGAUUUGGAUCUCAACUAUUCCUUUUAUCUUGAACCUUCCUGGCGUGAGGCUUUACUUAAGCAGAUUGAAACGGACAGUGAAUUUCUAAGGACACAACGGAUAAUGGAUUACAGCUUAUUGCUUGGUGUCCACUAUAGAGCUCCCCAGCACCUACGGACACGUGCAUCCUACCACCGGAGCAUGGCGGCAGAUAGAUUGACAGUUCUUUCAGAGGAAGAUGCGCAGGAGGAUGAUGCAUUUAACUACCCAGAAGGAUUAGUCUUGGUUCAGAGCAGCGGUGAAAACAGUGUGGUCGUCGGUCCACAUAUAAGAGGCAGCCGAUUGCGAGCAUCAGCUGCUGGAUUUGGGGAAGUAGAUCUCCUACUUCCCGGUACAGCCAGGCUUCAGAUCCAGCUAGGUGUUAACAUGCCUGCAAGGGCAGAGCAAAUCCCUAGAGAAGACCAAGGCAAACCAUUUCGAGAGGUGUAUGACGUCGUCCUCUACCUGGGCAUGAUUGACAUUUUGCAAGAGUACGACAUCUCGAAGAAAAUUGAGCAUGCCGUCAAGUCCAUGCAGUAUGAUUCAGUGUCUAUCUCUGCCGUGGACCCCCAGUUCUACUCAGAGCGUUUCCUCAAGUUCAUACAGACAAUCUUCCCUGAAAAUUCAUAGCCCGGCAGAGUCGUCGCCAUCAUCUGUUCCACAGAUACGCCACGAACUGCCGUUUUAUUAAUUUUGGCCAAGCAAAAGGGAGCUGAUGCCGCAUCAGUUCUGGUCCUCGUUGAGACUGGUUACGUUGGGAGCUUCGCAUGUGCAUUUUGUUCAUUCAAGCGUGCACCGUUGGAUUGAAGCCAUGCAUGUUCCUUGUUGGAUGGAAGGAGGUAGUUCAUGCCCAACAACAUGGGACUGACUCUUCAGGGCCAUUGUUCAGACACAGCUUCUCACAAGGAAUCACCUGAUUUCCCAGAAUGGACACACGGCAUUGGAUUCUAGUGUGGAACGGCGCCGUGGAGUUUUGGGAUCACUACACUGCGGCAGAAUAGCAGCAGUUAUUGCCGUUCGGUGGUGGUGUUUCAUCUGCGCUGAGUUGUGUGCAAGUUAAAAGCACCAAAACAUGUCAGAAGUACAUUCUUCCCGUUUACAAGUGUUUUGUUCUGUUCGAUGCAUUUUUCAGCACGGCUCCGUCUAUCUAUUUUGAAAGUAAAUAUGCUACCUAUUGUCUAGGCUACACAGGAACUGGAGUAAUCACUACUCCUUCAGUUUCUGAUACGCGUGAUUUUCUUUUCUGUGAGCUGGAUAUGCACAAGGACCUCUACUAGCAACCUGUGCAAACUAAUGUGGCCCCAUCUUUGUUUC